AUGUUGCAAUACACAGCUGCUGGCUGCGUUAUAUUGGCGCUGCUCUGUCUACAGCCAACAACUGCGGCAAUUCACAGACGCAGUGGGGCAAAGGCAGCCAAUGCACUUGGCACUGAAGCUGAGUCCGUGGCUAAAGCAACGUCCACACAAGACACUCAUCCUGACGCGAGUGUCGAGAACACGGAUCUGCUGGAUAAGCUCAGCUGGAAGUGCGCCAACAAUGCCAGCUGUCUGCAUGGCGUUGCCAAUGGCAUUAUGGCCUCCUAUCGGCGUGGUGAGACCAUCAGGUUGGGUCUCUUUGAUUUGGUCAAGCUGCCGCCACUGGACGACUCGCACAAACACAAAUGGGGCACCGGCCGUGGAGUGUCCAGCUUCAUGGACUUUGUAAGUGGCAACGCCAUCCGGGUGCCUGUGGGUCCAAUGGUGUUCAGUGUGCAGCGUGCUGAGGAUGAUAGUGAUUACAUUGAGGUGGCGCUGCUGAAGAAGGCCUCGAGUGGCACAGGACGCCUACAGGGCAGCGGCGGUGGUCUUUUGGGUGGCGGUGGUGGAGGCGGUGGCGGCGGCCUGCUCGGUGGUGGCGGCGAUAGCGGAGGUGGUGGAGGUGGAGGCUUACUUCGGCGUCGUCAUCAGCACCAGGAUAAGAAGCAGUUCCAAAUGUACAUACCCAUGUACCUGGCAGCCACAACAUUUGGCUGGACAAUGGUCGCUGCCAAGGCUGUGGGUUUGUUAACGCUCAAGGCGCUAAUUCUAUCCAAAAUAGCUUUUGUGGUGGCUGCCAUUGUGCUGAUCAAGAAACUAAUGGAUAAUGCCAGCGAAAAAAUGAUGUACCAAUAUCCGGAGCACACGCCUUAUAUGAUGCCCUACGGAAUGGAUUAUCCCAUGCACGCAGCCGAGCUAUCGCCUGAGAUGUAUCCAGGCGCACUGCAUCAGCUCGCUGUUGCCGGUGGUGGCCAAAUGCCGCAUCCUGGCCAUCCCGGCAUCGAGAGUCUGGCCGCAGAAAGCCAUCUGCACUCCCAAGUGUCCGGAGAUGGCAGCAACAACACCCAUGCGAUGGCCGCUCUUGGCGGUCUCGGUGGAUUGGGCCACAAAAUCAAACGUGAGGACUCUUGGAUAGCAAAGAGUAAGUGGAUAAUGUGCGCAACUCCGGCAAGACGACCGUUCAUUUAUAAUUAUGUGCAACCGCAGAUGCCCUUCUAACGCUCCUAAGAACCAAUAAGAACUCAAUGGAAGCUUAGCUAAUUAGUGCAGCUUUGGCCCCUACCGCUACCAAAGACCGUUGAGAGGGAAGGAGGAGGUGAGGUUCUGCUGCCAUAUGACCAUCUGAAGUGACGCACGCGUCUGGCAAUGAGGAGUGCUUUAAGCUGCUUAUAAACAUAAUUAACUUAUUUAUUUGUAUUAUUUAUUGAAUUGUUCUAGUUUAGAGAGACCUAAUACACACAUUUAGAAUAGAUUAGCUGACUAACUAGCAACAAAGUGCUACAAAAACUGAAAAAAAAUAUUAAUAAAGAAUUGAGCAAAAUGUGGCUCAAAAAAUGUCA